AUCCUUUCCACGUCCGCCAUUUUGACAUACGGUACUUUUCGAGAGUGUUGGUUUUAUGUUUUAUCGUUUCUCGUGAAAAUAAUCUUUUUUACUGAAACGUAAGUAACGCAAGUGGCGUACAUGUGCAACGUGGCGUCGCCAGAGAACCCGAUAGUAAGAGCAAGUCUCUAGGUGAUGGAUCUUUGAGCCGGGAACCUUUGACGAUUCGCUGGGGACUGGGGAGUAGGUCGAAGGUGACAGGCAACCGGGUGUACGCAGUGGCUUCGCAAACCGCACGAUAUCCUCCAGCUCGCUCGCGCGGUAUCACGCGCCACUGGCCUUUUAAAUAGUACGAACGGCAUAAAUCGUCGCUCGUCGGCGAAGCAGUCUAUAGCGAUCCCCCGACGGUCCUGACAUACAAAUACCAACCAUGGGGAACAUGUUUGCAACGUUAUUCAAAGGUCUCUUUGGCAAAAAGGAAAUGAGGAUUUUGAUGGUGGGUCUCGAUGCAGCGGGUAAAACCACAAUUCUGUACAAAUUAAAAUUAGGGGAAAUUGUUACUACAAUUCCCACUAUAGGUUUCAAUGUAGAAACGGUCGAGUAUAAAAAUAUAAGUUUCACCGUAUGGGAUGUGGGUGGCCAGGACAAAAUAAGACCUCUAUGGCGGCAUUAUUUUCAGAAUACACAAGGGUUGAUAUUCGUCGUUGAUAGUAAUGAUAGGGAACGUAUUGGCGAAGCGCGCGAAGAGUUGAUGAGAAUGCUGGCGGAAGAUGAACUUAGAGAUGCGGUACUCCUCAUAUUUGCUAACAAGCAAGAUCUGCCAAACGCAAUGAACGCAGCGGAGAUCACCGACAAAUUGGGAUUGCAUUCUCUACGUAAUCGCAAUUGGUACAUACAGGCAACGUGUGCCACGAGUGGUGACGGACUUUACGAGGGCCUCGAUUGGCUUUCCAAUCAGCUGAAAAAUGCCAACCGCUAAUUGGAAAAGUUACUCUGUCAACAUUCAGUUGCUAUUAACAUCAUACAAAAAACAGCUGCACACCUCCUCCCCCCCUCUACUGGGUAACGAAUGGGUAACAUAAGAAACAAACGUGAAAGAUGGAAAACGUCGCAGGUUCUCCGACAUCUCGAGUGGAAAAUGUAAGAGGAGUUAUUCCUGGGAGUUUCUCUCUCUCUCUCUCUGUGUGUGUGUUUGUGUGCGUCUCGGUAGGUUUUUUUUAACGAGGGGGGAGAGGAGCGAGGAAGCGGUCGCCAGGCACACGAUCCAACGGCCACACCGGACUAUUGCCUUGCGCAACUUAUUAUAAUUAUUAUUAUUAUUAUUAUUAUAUUAGCAUUAUAUAGUUACACUUUUUACACAGAGAUGCCACGAAAAUGUGGAAAACUUGGAAGUAAUUAUAUUAAAGUACCUAACUCUGAAACAUACGAUACACAUUGAUUAAUGAGUAAUUAAAAUGAUACCUCUUGAACGAGAAAAAUUAACAAACACACGAGAAAAGGAAGAGAGUACCCACACAGUGUUGCCAGUUUCGAAUGCGUUGGACAUACCGAUUAUCAUAAAAUGUAGCUGCGUAUUGUACAUUACAUUAUAUAAAUAUGAUAAAAAUGUGAUCAAUAGACGGGAGAGAAUGUUGCUCUGUCCACUACAUUUUCAAAAGUUGCUCUCGCUUUCGGCCCAGCGCGAUUUACACGAAAGUGCAAACGGUGAUUGCAGCAGAUGGUGCAAUGACUUAUCGUUUCCUAGUUACAAAAGUUGCUUUCUACUUUUCUUUUUAAGUUGACGGUGAUGUAGAAAACUUGGGGAGAACGAAAGCUAUCUCGCUAGCUGGCUGGUCGCUCGCUCGCUCGCGCGCGCGCGCGGCAGGCGUGCAUCUUCCUCUGACCUGCCUUCAAACUUGCAGUUCUCGGAACGCAUGUGUCUCGCUAUAAAGGAGAAACAAUUUAUUUAUUACACCUCAAUAAGGUGUACAUACAUCCUUGACAUUCCGAAAUUGUGCAGUGAACGUGAUGAGAAUUUCAAUUGAGAAGAAAAUUGUCAAAAGCUCCAAACUGUCGGCGAAAAGUCAGACCUCGUAGCUGAUCUUGCUAUUUGCAAUUUGUGGCAUUUUACGCCAGCAAUUUCGACGUAGCUGCAUCGCGGUCGUUCUUCGAUGUCCCAACGUUUUUCCUGUCUUUCAAGUACAUUCUUUUUACGAUAUACUCCUUCCCCGAAUUUUUCAUUCAAUCGCCUUUUCGUCAUAUGCGAGAAUUCGUAUAAUUAUGUAUGAAUGUUUAAACAAUUUGUGAAAUAUAUUGUAAUUGUGCUUUA